AUGACGUCUAAAGAACAAGAUUUUGACAAAAAGUUGUAUGAAUUGCUUGAAAGAAAACCACCUGGAAUAAGUGCUUCCAAAAUAAAAGACUUGACGAGAAUAGCAAUGACUAGUCCAAAGUUAGGAGCAUUAUAUGUAUUGGAUUCAAUAUCACAAGCGGCACAGAGACAAAAGACAUUGGUUGCUGAAAAAGACAACGAUGGUUCCGCUUGGUCAGGUGCUGAAUAUCUUGAAAGGUUUGAGAAAAUAUUAGAAGAUAUGUUUUUACACAUCAUGCAAUGUCCAGAACACGACAAGGACAAAGUGAAACGUGUUCUUGACAUAUGGCUUACCAAAGAUGUCAUAUAUGACAAGGAAUUAAUUCGAAAAAUAAAAGAUACCUAUUUUUCUCAAAGAACUGUGACAAAUCCUUUAGAAAACAAUUUACAUGAGUCUCAAUCGAUAACGACACCAGUAUCACAUGGAGGUGAUCCACGAAUGGUUUCUGUGCCAAAUCAGCCAAGUAUGACGAUGUCAACAGCUUUGGAUUCUUCAGCUUUAUUAGCUACACUAAACAAUUUAACUCAAGGAACUUUGAAUAUACCUCCAUUUUUGUCAGCAAAUCCAAUAACUGCUGCUACAACGCAACCUAUUAAUACUUCCAUCGCUUUUAAUAAUGUUGCUACUAACGCGCACGCUGUUCCUCCACAGUUCCCUAAUAUUACACAACCUUCUGUUUCUGCGAAUAAUGGUGCAAAUGGUGAGAUAAAUAAUACUACUAAAGAGGCAAUCUUGACGAAUCCUAUAAACGUGAAACCUAUAAAUGUAAAUCAAUCGGCAACACCUGCAGCAUCGUCAAUGCCUCAACAACUCAAUCAGGAUCAAAACCAAAAUAUGACCAAUCAAUAUUUUCAACCAUCUCAAGGAAAUUCUUCACAGUCGGUACCACCACCGCAACCUCCGCAACCAGCAUCAGCUGCACCAUCACUAUUAAUUUCUGGUCAGCAGCCAAUUCCUACUACUAAUAGCGCUAUGGCACCAUUUCCGUUCCCACAGCAACCUUGGGCGGGGCCUGCGCAGCAACAACCACCGCCACCACCGCCCGGAAACAUACCACCCCCUCAAAGUCAAUACCAACAACCACCACCAUUUCCUACUCAACCAUGGAAUGGUCAACAAGGACUUCUUCCUCCUCCAUCAUGGAAUCCUAUUCCUCCACAACAACAUGCACCACCUGAACAUUUUCCGAACAACCCGGCACCUCAGGGAUACCCAAUACCUCCUCCAGGUCACCCAUUACCUCCUCCGGGUCAUCCGUUACCACCUCCGGGACAUUCCAUGCCUCCACCUCCAGGACAUCUUUUACAUCAAGGUCCUCCGGGUCCACCACCAGCUGGUCUUCCUAUUCAACAUCAAGGUCCUCCACCUGGUCACAUGUUACAAGGUCCUCCUGGACCACUGCAUCAAGGUCCACCCGGACCAAAUCCUCAAGGACCACCUGGACAUAUGGAACUUCCUAUUGGAAUACCACAAGAUGAUUGUAUAGCAUACGCAGACCCAAGUGUUGGAAGAGAUUUUAUUAAAGAGGAUUUGACCAGAAGUGUUAUGGAGAAAAUAUUUCUUACUUAUGGCAGAGUAUCUACUAUUACGGUAAUUAUGAUAUCAAAUUGUAAUCAAGUAUAA